AUGGAUCCGUAUAAAGAUUAUUUCCUGGAUCCAGGCUUUUUGCCUCAGAAAGUUACCAUGGCUCGACUACGCGAAAUAUUAGGUGAACACAAUGUACAUUAUACGGGGAAUGAAAAAAAAGCGGAACUUGUAGAAUUAUUUAAUAAACAAAUUAAACCGCUCAUACCAUCGUUACGAGAAAAAGAACAAGAGUUAGAGAACUAUCGUAUUAAAACAGAAGCAGAGCUUACCAAAUCAGCAGAAAGAAAAGCUAAAACGUCACGGAAAAGCGUAGCCUCUUCGCCCGAGACACCACAAACAACACCAAAACCUUCACGUUCAUCGAAGAGGAACAGCAAAGGCAAAGUUAAAGCAGUUGUAAAUGAAACAGAACUUUUAUCAGAGGAAUCAACAGAUGUAGAUUCAAGAACAAUAAAAGUUAGAUCGAUUGCACCAGAUUUAGUACCAGAUUUAACACCUAGAAUAAAUGAUAAAGGACGAUUAUAUCCUGAACUUUCAAAUUCAAAAUCUAUCAGAGAAGAUAAUUCUAUUAAUCGACGUGUUAUUAAAGAAGAUAAUUCUACUAAUCGACGUGAAGCAGUGGCAUACGCAUUUAGAAAUCCUAAUUAUAUGCCAACGCGACAAAUUAAUCGUCAACCAUCACCAGAAUUAAUAAAAUCUCAAACAAAACCACGUGGAUUAAAAACAACACUUACGUUAUUUUUUAUAAUUUUGAUAAUUGGUACUUAUGCAAAAAUCAAAAUGGAACUUGGCUUUUGUGAUGGAUCUCCGAAUGCAGCAGGCGGUGGAAAUACCGAGAGUGAAACACCCUUUUUUGAGAUCACUUGUACACCUUGCCCAGAUCAUGCCCAUUGCUCAGAGGGUAAGAUCACCUCGUGUGAUGAAGGAUACAUAGUCACAUCUUCAUCAAUUCAUUGGCUCAAACCUUUCACCAGUAGAUGUACAGCUGAUUUAGUGCGCGAGUAUAAGAUUGAAAAAUAUACUGAAUUACUUAAAAAAAUAUCAGCCGAAGAAACUGGAAAGGUUGAAUGUGGAAAUGGCGAUCGAGAAAGAUUAUUAUUUCAGAACCUUACUAUAUUACUUCGUAAAAAGAAAUUACCAUCUCAGGAUACAGACGAUAAUUUUGAAAAAUUUGCACAAGCUGCGUUGAAAAACUUGAGAACGGACCCUUAUGUUGAUGAUGUUGAGAUAAUUGAUGAAAGAGAGAGUUUCAAUAAACUUAAAUCCUCUGUUAUUUCGAAGAAGCCAAAACACAAUUUUCUUUGUAAAAUUAAACUUUUUGGAACAAUAUUAGCUUUUGUUGCAUUAGGAGGCAUAGGUUAUAAAGUUAGAGAAAAAAUAUGGGAAAACGAACAAGUGAACAAAGCUGCCGACACUGUUCUAAAUACAAUGAGGCAAGAACGAAGUAUGAUCUCAAUCGAAUGGCGAGAACGGGUUAUGCCUCAGAUCAAAAAUGACUUUAAGCGUAUUGAGCUAUGGAAACGUGUUGAAAAAUGUGUUCAAAAAAAUCCUAUGGUCAGAACUCGUCGUCUACAACACGAAGGACUUCAUACUUAUACUUGGGAAUGGCUAGUUCUUUUUAUGGACAACUCGGAUGGCCAGAAAGAUAAUCUGGGCAAUGUUGCUGAAGAGAAAGUAGUUUCAUGUAAAAACGAACUUGAAAAUAUAAAGGAAGUUGUUAAGGGGACUGAAGGAAAGAACUCGACUACUAGUAAUACUUACUCAUUAAUAGAAACAACUUCAAUGCAAAAAGAAAUUAUGGGUGACACCAGUCAAAGUAGCACGACAGAAUUUCCAGCAAAAGUGGGUGGCGAACCCGGGUCGCUCGAACUACAAAGACAGGAUACUGUUUCUUUUUCUCCUAAAAAUAGUAGUAUAGACCCACUUAUGUCUAUUUCUGACUCUACUUCUGAUCCAUAUAAACCAAUUAAUAUGUUUUUUAAGCAUGAAAAUCAUAUAGCUUCAGAUUUACAACUUUCCUAUCAUUUAGAUUCUAAUCCUGAAAUAAACCCCCUUUCUGUGAUCUCUGAGGAGGGAAUGAUGACUGAAAAAGAUUUUUCCGGUCCUUCCGGAAAACCUAUACCUUUAAAUAUAUUAUCUUCUAGCAUAAACCCUUCUGAUAUUGUAACUCCAAAGCAAAUCGUUCGAAUAGAAAGAGAUUAUACUCGUGGUGAAAUGUGUCAAUUUCAAUCUGCUUUUCCAUUAGAGAUUGAUGGACGGGUAACUCCAAGACAAUUUCAACAAACAAUCAAUAGGUUAAAUGAACUUUUGGUAAACGCUUUAAAUCCAAAGUAUAAUUGGUUUGAUAACUGUUUAGCAUGUGUAACAAUAUACGUAUCAACUCUAUGUAUGCGUUCACAUUAUGAGAAAGUAAGUUGA